AGGAGGACGGUUAAUAAAUCCUUGCUUAACACCCUCAAAAUGCAUCCAACCGACAAACAGUUUAUUCAUUUUAACUUGUCACGAAAACUCAGGAAAUGGCAACCAGAUUCGCUCUGAGCCGACUCUGUAUCACUCGCUCGAUGGAGACAACUCGGGGGGCAACUCGCUACUACAGCGAUAGCAAGGGCCGUAUCCUGAGCGAAGAGGAACGCGCCGCUGAGAACGUCUAUAUCCAGAAAAUGGAAAGGGAGAGGCUGGAGAAGCUGAAGCGGAGGGCUGAGAAAGAAAAGGCAGAGAAAGACAGUGCUGACAAGAAAACUGAAGGGAACCAGAAGGGUUGAAUUCAUCAAUUGCACUUGAUGAGGACAAUCUUGUUGUGGAAUAAUCAUGAUUGUGGAAUAAUCAUAAAAAAUAAAGAUGUGACUUGACUCGUGACUUGUGAGAUAUGGUCUUUGUAUAUAGUGAGGAUCUUGCUAAUGUUUCUUGAACUGUUGUAAACUCGAAAUUGUAAGAGUUGUUUAUGUGGUUGUUUAUCUUCUAAAAACCUAAAAUCUUUCUUUUCCUUAUAUUGAUUUGAGCUUCUACAA